GGUGACAGAUGGGAAAGUACCUUGGAAACUGAGCUCAGGAGGAUGUGCUGCUUGAGAGCACAGGUGACCUGGGCCCCGGGGGCCUCUUCUGCAGCACCUGUGUCCUGGGGCUCCGCAAGUGAGCAAGUGAUAACUGUGAAACGUUACCGUGAUUAUUUGUUGAACGUGUACAACUCACCGGGGGCUGGCUGUAUCCUUGUUCUCCAGAGGCAGGCAGCCUCCACCUAACGACAUCUAAGGAGGACAGCAAAUCUGCUGAAGUUCACCACACCCAGGCAGUGGCUUCUGCGGCAGAACCUGAGACCAUGGCCAGACCAGCACAGGGUGCUAGAUAUCGGGGCUCCAUCCACGACCACCCGGACUUCGACCCUGGCCAGGACGCGGAGGCUCUGUACACCGCCAUGAAGGGCUUCGGCAGUGACAAGGAGGCCAUACUGGAGCUGAUCACCUCCCGGAGCAAUAGGCAGAGGCAGGAGGUCUGCCAGAGCUACAAGUCCCUCUAUGGCAAGGACCUCAUUGCUGACCUGAAGUACGAGCUGACAGGGAAGUUCGAGCGGCUGAUCGUGGGCCUCAUGAGGCCACUCGCCUACUGUGACGCCAAAGAAGUUAAAGAUGCCAUCUCGGGCAUCGGCACGGACGAGAAGUGCCUCAUUGAGAUCUUGGCUUCCCGGACCAACGAGCAGAUCCACCAGCUGGUGGCAGCCUACAAAGAGGCCUACGAGCGAGACCUGGAGUCGGACAUCACUGGCGACACCUCCGGCCACUUCCAGAAGAUGCUCGUGGUCCUGCUGCAGGGAACCAGGGAGGAGGACGAUGUGGUGAGCGAGGACCUGGUCCAACAGGACGUGCAGGACCUGUACGAAGCAGGGGAACUGAAAUGGGGAACAGAUGAGGCCCAGUUCAUUUACAUCUUGGGAAAUCGCAGCAAGCAGCAUCUCCGAUUGGUGUUUGAUGAGUAUCUGAAGGCCACGGGGAAGCCGAUCGAAGCCAGCAUCCGGGGAGAGCUGUCCGGGGACUUUGAGAAGCUGAUGCUGGCCGUGGUGAAAUGCGUCCGGAGCACCCCAGAGUACUUCGCUGAGCGGCUCUUCAAGGCCAUGAAGGGCCUGGGGACGAGGGACAACACCCUGAUCCGCAUCAUGGUCACCCGCAGUGAGCUGGACAUGCUUGACAUACGGGAGAUCUUCCGCACCAAGUACGAGAAGUCCCUCUACAGCAUGAUCAAGAACGACACCUCUGGCGAGUACAAGAAGGCGCUGCUCAAGCUAUGCGGAGGGGACGAUGAUGCUGCUGGCCAGUUCUUCCCGGAGGCAGCGCAGGUGGCCUAUCAGAUGUGGGAGCUUAGUGCAGUGUCCCGAGUAGAGAUGAAGGGAACCGUGCGCCCCACCAGCGACUUCAACCCCGACGAAGAUGCCAAAGCCCUGCGGAAAGCCAUGAAGGGUCUCGGAACCAACGAAGGUGCGAUCAUUGAUAUCAUCACACAUCGCAGCAACGCCCAGCGUCAGCAGAUCCGGCAGACCUUCAAGUCCCACUUCGGCCGGGACCUAAUGGCUGACCUGAAGUCUGAGGUCUCUGGAGACCUGGCGAGGCUGAUGCUGGGGCUGAUGAUGCCGCCGGCGCAUUAUGACGCCAAGCAGUUGAAGAAGGCCAUGGAGGGAGCAGGCACGGAUGAAAAGGCCCUCAUUGAAAUCUUGGCCACUCGGACCAACGCCGAAAUCCGGGCCAUCAAUGAGGCCUACAAGGAGGACUAUCACAAGUCCCUGGAGGAUGCACUGAGCUCAGACACAUCCGGCCACUUUAAGAGGAUCCUCGUUUCUCUGGCCACGGGAAACCGUGAGGAGGGAGGAGAAGACCGGGACCAGGCUGGGGAAGAUGCCCAGGUGGCUGCGGAGAUCUUGGAAAUAGCAGACACGCCCAGUGGAGACAAAGCUUCCUUGGAGACACGGUUCAUGACGAUCCUGUGCACCAGGAGCUUUCCGCACCUUCGGAGAGUCUUCCAGGAAUUCAUCAAGAAGACCAACUACGACGUGGAGCAUGUCAUCAAGAAGGAGAUGUCUGGGGACGUCAGGGACGCCUUUGUGGCCAUUGUUCAGAGCGUCAAGAACAAGCCUCUGUUCUUUGCUGACAAACUCUACAAAUCCAUGAAGGGGGCUGGCACUGAUGAGAAGACCCUCACCAGGAUCAUGGUUUCCCGGAGCGAGAUAGACAUGCUCAACAUCCGGCGGGAGUUCAUUGAGAAGUACGACAAGUCUCUCCACCAGGCCAUCGAGGGCGACACCUCCGGAGACUUCAGGAAGGCCUUGCUGGCCCUCUGCGGCGGCGAGGACUAGGCCGGGAGCCCCUCUGCUAAGAUGCGGGCGGCAGCGGCAGCGACCGUGACCGAGCUGCUGCUCCAGCUGCAGAGACAAGGAGGGAGCGCGGCUGGGCUCGUCCUGGGCUUGGGACGGCCCCACUCCCACAGCCGCCCCUCGCGCUGCGUGGCUGAAGAGCCGCAGCCCUCGCUCCCGUCCACCCUCCUCCGCCUCUCCUCAGAACUCCCCAGCUUGCUCCCCCGCCACCCUGGCCCUGCUUCCGGCUCUGUCCAACCCCUGAACACACUGAGCCUGUCUGAACCGCGUGGUGUGUGCCUUGAAUGGCGGGUGUGGCGGUGGGCCCGGAGGAAGGAGCGAGUCGGCACCAGCCCCUUCCACACUGACCUUGGGCCAGUGCCUUUGUCCUGAGUCUCUGUCUUCUUAAUACAAAAUCAGAAUGGGACAAAAAAAAAAA